AUGAUAACCCACGUCGUAUUCGUGGAGCGCCUCGUGCACGCGGGCCUCCUUGACCCUCGGGAGGCGGUGCUUGGCGCGGCCUGCGCGAGUGUUGACUUUGUGGAGCUGGUGAACACCGGCGCCACCCACCCGCGGGGCAGCGAGAGCAACUGCAUCACGAGGAGCAUGCGAUUGAACUCCGUUCUCGAAUUGAAGAUGCGCGUGAACGCGCAUACCAUACACAACGUCGCGUACAGCAGGGGCAAGAGCAGCUGGUACCAGUACAUGCUUGAGACCGCAAGGGACCUCCCGGAGAUAGCCACGGGCACGGCCACGUUCGCGGCGGACAGCACGGCGUGCAGCAGACCGGCGGUGCGGUAUCACCGCAAGCGUGGAGACGAUGAAGACGAGCAGAUGCCACACUGGAGGGCAGCGGCGCACACCAUUGCAUGCUGUGAGUGGAGCGCGUGCGGGGCUCCGGCCUGGCAACAUGUGGCUUGA